AUGCAACGCAUUUUCCAGAAGUGGCGAGAGGUUUCACGGCUUGCGCGGUUGCUGAACAGGCACCACGGGACAGUGCACAUGCUUGUGCUUACUCGCGAGCAACACUGCAUGAGAGACGCAAUAGACGGGUGGAAGCACGUCGUAACUGACGUGCGCGAGGCAGAGGCGCGCAAAAAGAUGCUCAUAAAACACGCGAGCUCCUCAAAAAACAUCAUGUCCCACCUGACGAGAAAGCUGGACGUGCAUGCUGUCAUCGUUGCGUGGAAAGCAGUGCGGGCGCGUCGAAAGCGCGCUGACGUGAUGAGAAGGCAAAUGCAUGGCCUCAGUGAAAUGCAAGCAGGCAUGGUCGCGUACAGGGCGUUCAAGGUACGUGAUUACAUUUUUUACCAUAAUAUGCAGGAUCUUCCUAAUCUGCUAGUGUUGCUUUUGUAGAUCGAUGUAGUACUAUUAGUUCUAGUUCUAAAUCUAGGGACAUGAUAUCUGGUAAAUGUGUUAUUGAGCAUCAGCGUGAUAGAUGGCACUUCUUUUCCACUCAUUGAUUUGAGUAUCAUAAGAGCACCAAGAUUUACAUACAUUAUGUGUUAGAAGAAAUUUGCGUUCUAUUGAUUUCCACACUUCAGGAUUGGGCCGACGAUACGGUCCGACAGCGCCGGCUGCGUAUGACUGUCGCGCAAAACAACGCGCAGCUACGCGAAUAUGCGACGCGGGCAAGCCUUCACACAGUGGUGAAUUCAAAGUUUGACAGUAAUCUUGCACACCGGACUGCACAUGUAUUCAAGGCGUGGCGGGCCGGCUUUAGGAUGCGCCGCAAGUACAGUUUGAUUGGGAAAAUACUCGAGACUCAACAGGACAGCCACGCAGCGGUUACUGUGUUUCACGCGUGGAAGCAGCAGUUUAGGCGCAGACGACGGAUUCUUACGGGCUUUGACGCGAUUGUGGCCAAGCAAGAGCGGCGCACCGCAAUUACGUUUUUGCGUGAGUGGCGCGAAUACAGCGUUGGCGUUUUUGCUGAGGUGGUGCCGCGCUCAGAGCACGCUUUUCGGGAAUGGCGCUCGUCGAUAAACGAUGGUCAUGGAGGGGAGUACUACAGUGAAGACGAGAGCAAAAUGCGCAUGCGCGUGGCCUCGGCUGUGAGUGGAGAGGAUGAUAUCGAUUUUGAAAAGCUUCUCUCUACCAUUGAACACUCACGGUCGGUGCUGGGCCUUGCGGCGGCCGGCUUGAGCGGGGGUAGGCGCUCGAGUUGGGAAGACAGCGGUUUGGGAGAAGCUUUGGAUGGCGAAGGUAGUGACAACGAGGACGCGGGUGUUGCAGGCAACAAAGCGCCAGGCAGCUUCUUUUCUCGACGGAGCGUGCAAUCUGCAGGCCAUAAAGACGAACGGGAGGAAAGGAGGCGCGUCAUUCGCUCGAUUGCGAGCUUGAAUUAUCCAGCGAGCAUCCAAGCGCGAGGCAACCACAGGUCGACGCGAGAUGGUAUCAGCGUCGUGAGACCUUCCGGAGAAGCAGAGCCACUGAAACAUGGUGAAGGUGUAGAUCGAAGCACUGAAAAGCAUCUCGACAAAGGAGCAAGAGUCUCCAGUAGCCCCGCAAAAGGCACGUUUGCUUUUUACGGUGGAAACCAAAGUAGAGUCAGAUCUUCCCAAGAUGGGCUCCAUGACGGAACGAGAAAGCGUGGGAGUGUCUCGUCGCUGCACAUCCAAAAGGGGGAGCGCGACUCCUCGUCAUCUUCUCUCUGCGGCACUCCGGUGAAUGUCGACACGACUGCUUCAGGGGGCCAUCUGGAAGAACCAAUGGAGAGCAGCUUCGGCGAAACAACGCGCCUACCGUCCGGUCAAGAGGCCGAGACGUCGCUGAGCAUUGGCGCAAGUCGUGCCAUCGUGAGCCGUUUGAGGUCAGCGCAAGGGUGUCAAACUAGUGUAGCGAGCAAGAAGGACAACAUUAGGCCCACCUCCUCCUUGACUGGUUCCCACGCACCUGGGCUAGACGACCAACCUGCUACAGAAAAACAAUUUAUCUUUUACAACGGCAAGGAAAAGGUGGAUGCUCUUUCGGAGUCAAAAUUUUCAGACGACGCAACUUUCUUCAACGACGGACAGGACUACUCGGCUGAGGAGAAUGACCACACUGCGUUCGUGGAAAGAGCGGUGUCAUCCUCGCCUAGUCGGAUCCGGGCCUCUGCUCGAAGCCGAGGAAGCAUGAAGAUGCAACAAGCUGUUGGCCCAUACUUCAGCAGAAACAGUCAGCCAGCGGAACAGUUUGAGGACGAGCUCGCAUACCGAAACUCUAGAUCUAGUCGGCCGCGUUUCAGUGUUGGUGGACCACGACGUUCUAGUUUGAUGUCCGUGAACGGGACUAGCUUCGAGGGCAACAGCGUGCUCACGUACGCUGCGAGCCGAAGCUCUCUGAUGAUUCACGCCUUGUGGUCGCGCAAACAUGAGAAGCGCGCCUGGUUUUACCGAUGGGCGCUUCAUGUGUCUCAGCGUGGAAAGCAAUUUCGGCAUCGCGUGCUUGUAGGGAAAUGGGGCUCGUACGUGCGCGGUCUCUUCGCUGAUCCCGUGGCACGACACGCGCAGCAACCUGUCCUUGCGUUUGCGCUGUUCCGUUGGAAACUCUAUCAAAAGCGCACUGCGGACGAACGCCGCGCGUUGUGGGCGGACAAUCGCGCAGUGCGCUUUCGGCAGUGGC